UAUAUUUUUUUUAAUUUUUUAACAUCUAAUUUAUCCUGCAUAAUCUUUUUUUUUUACUUUUUAGUGAUGGAGAAUCAAACAGAAGUGAGUGAAUUCAUCUUAAUGGGGCUGACAAAUCUCUUCAGACUUUAUAAUGUACUUUUUAUAAUCUGCUUACUAUUAUACUUGGCCACAUUAGUGGGGAAUGGUGCUAUAAUUGUUGUUAUUUUAAUUGAACCACACCUUCAAACUCCCAUGUACUUUUUCCUUGGAAAUCUUUCCUGCCUUGACAUCUUCUAUUCCACAGUUACUGUUCCAAAAAUGCUAGCUGGAUUUUUUUCACACAUUUCCUUCAAGGGCUGCAUAGCCCAGCUGCAUUUUUUCCACUUCUUGGGCAGCACUGAAGUCAUUCUCCUUGGAGUCAUGGCCUAUGAUCGCUACGUUGCAAUAUGUAAACCUUUGCAUUACACUCUCAUCAUGAGAAAAGAGGUUUGUCUCCUAAUGGCAGCAGCUGCCUGGUUCAUUGGCUUUUUCCAUGCCUCGAUGCAUGCAGUGGUAACUGCUCGUCUUCCCUUCUGUGGACCAAAUCAUAUUGAACACUUUUUCUGUGAUAUCAAGCCUUUGUUGAAAUUAGCCUGUGGUAGCACAUACCUUAACCUCAUGCUCCUUAGUACUGUGACCAGUUUUGUUGCUAUGACCCCUUUUAUCAUCACAAUAAUUUCCUAUCUCUACAUUAUCACUUUCCUUCUCUUCAAAAUACAGUCUCAGAGUGCUCAGCAAAAAGCUUUCUCCACAUGCGGAUCCCACCUGACUGUGGUGGCUUUACUUUAUGUUCCUGUGCUGUUUAAUUACAUGCUUCCCACUGUUGGUGCCCCAUCACAACAGGAGAUGACAUUAACCCUCAUAUAUAGUGCAGUUACUCCAGUUUUAAACCCACUUAUCUAUACAUUAAGAAAUCAGGAGGUUAAAAGGGCAAUGAAAAAAAUUGUUAGGAAAAAGAUUUUCAGUUUCUCAUGAAAACAAAAGCUGGAAUGAUAUUCUCUCCAUGAUGGUUCAG